AUGGUCGCAGACCUUCCUCUCUCCACCAUCCCCCCAUCAAAGCCUCAUACUCAUACCAUCAUAUUCCUGCACGAGAACAAAAACUUUGCCCGAAGCGCUGUCGAUCGGAUGCACGAGGCCACCGAUCGUGACUGGCAGUCCAUUAUCCAAAACUACGCAUCGACGAGGUGGGUGUUUCCUCAAGCACCCACCGGCGAACCUCUGAUACCGUCAUUGCAGUCCAUCUCCACGGGCAUCCAGCAUGCUAUGCACAGGGGCGAGCCGAAUUGGUGGAAUCAGGGCGCAGAAGACCCCGACGCUGCCAGAAGGGAGGCUGCUAUCCUGCUUGACCUGCGAGAGAGGAUCAAAGAGCUGGAAAAAGUGAUUAGAAACGAGGUGAGCAUGCUGGGAGGCCGCUGGGACAGGGUCAUACUGGCCGGCAUAGGCCACGGCGCUGGCAUGGCCAUGGCGACAAUAAUCAGCCUGGGCAUUCCUAGCGAGGAUGGCACCGUAUCAAAUGCAGGUGGCGGGAAGCCCCAGCCGUUGGGCGCUUUCGUCGGGAUAUCGUGUGAGAUGCCACUGCAAGAGACGCCCUCCGCGGCACGCCGGAUCUUCUUCCCGGACAGCGUCCUGCCAGAAAACAAUGACGUCUGGAAGAAGACACCGGUGCUGCUGCAGUACUUUUUGAACGGUGGACAGCAAUACCUGGACAAGGGCAAGGCGCUUCGAGAUAUGCUCGUGGCUAAUGGCGUCGAGGACGUUUGCUGGAAGGAGUACGAGGACGGGGGGAUGUUUAUGAACUCGCCGCGAGGCGUGGAGGACGUGAAGGAUUUUUUUCGGGACAAGAUGGGGUUGAGGCCCAACUACUGA